CAAAAACCAACCCUCACCCACUCUCUCCCUCACUUCCUGCGGCCAGCACCCUCCAAGCAAGAGCAAAGAAUCCUCCAUCAUUCUCCUCCAUUGUUGAAGAGAGCUUUACAAGAAAGAAUACCAAGAAAAGGAGCUAAAGUGCUAAAAGUGUGAAAGGAUUAAGGAACUUGAUAUAAAGUAUCUUUGAGCUUCGCCGGAGUUUCGCCGGAGUUGGUCAAAGUUGGCCGGAGUUGGUCAAAGUUCACCGGAAUUAGUCAAAGUUCAACCGCGGAGCGUAGAACACGCUUAAGCUCACUUAAGUUUCAGGUAGGGAGUAGAGCUUGCUACUACCGCUCGUUGCUUCGGGGAAUUCAAGGAGGAAGGCGUGAAAUGGAGCCAACCGGAAGGGUCACUAGGAGGAACCCGACGGGCCGUGUACCGGAUGGAUCCGAGCGCGGUAGCCGGGGGUCCACUAGGGGAUCAAGAGGAAGGGGCCGUGGAGGCCAACGUCAAACCGUGAGCGAUGGCCACGUCGACACGGAGAGUGAGACCUAUUGGUCUUAUGAGGACUCAACCUACCGGCCGGAAACUGAGCCGGUUGAGACCCCUUAUGAAGGGGAUGAUGAUGAUGUGAGCGACGAGGAGGAAAGUGGCUCCUUGGCUCGGAUCGAAGCGCUGCUCCAACAAUAUCAUCGGGAGCGCGAGGAAAGGAGGGAACGCCGAAGGCGCCGUGCAGGGCAACCUUCGGGUGGGGCUCCAAGAGGAAGGAGCUAUUGUAAUUCAAGAACCCAUGUGGAAGCGCAUGGGAGUCGAGGUGAUGGAGGUCCAACCAUAAGGAUCUCCAAAUACAUCAAAGAGGCGAGGGACUUGGGGUGCAAACCGUUCGAUGGGACGGGGGACAUCUCGGUGGCCGCGCAAUGGAUCAAGAGGCUGAACGAGGCAGCCCUGGACAUGCAACUCACCCCCGAUUUCAAACUGAGAAUCGCGGUGAGGUUACUUGAAGGGUUGGCAUCCAAGUGGUGGGAUGGAACCAAGGGCAAGUAUGGAGGGAAUGUUACUUGGGAGGAUUUUCGGCAAGAAUUCUUUGCCCAAUACUACUCUGACUUUGAGGUAAAUGCCAAGGUGAGAGAAUACACUCUUCUAACCCAAGGGGGUAACAUGACGGUGAAAGAACUUGAGCACAAGUUCAGGGACCUUGCCGACCACAUACCGGAGUAUGCUUGUGAUGAAAACCGAAUGGUGAAUCACUUUUGGGAGGCCUUGGACUUGGAGAUACGUGAUAGGGCGACUCAAUUGCCCAACAUGACUUUCAGCCAAGUGGUUGCCCAAGGGUUGAAAGGAGAGAAGCAAUGGGAAGAGAGAAAGAAGAGAGACGCCGAUGAGGCGAAGAAGAGGAAGUGGGAGAACCAUGGCCCCCAAGGUUCUAACAAAAAGGGGAACCAUGGGGGAGGUGGAUCGUUCAGAGCACCGGCACCGCCAUCCAAGGGGAACCCGGCCUUCAGCGGGCACAACUCGGGCUCCCAAGCCUCAACGACGCCCAGGUGCAGGAAUUGCAACAGGAGCCACGCCGGUAAGUGUCGUGAUCCACCACGGUGCUUCCAAUGCGGGAGCACAGGGCAUAUUAAACCAAAUUGCCCUCAACUUGGUGGGAACCGAGGGGCGGGAUCAAGCGGCGCCACCACGGCGAGUAGGAGCCGAACCGGGGCACCUCAUGCUAGUACGGGGCAAGGGGGAGCGAGCACGAGCAACGUGCCGUCCGUGAAUCAGGGGAGGUCUCAAGCACGGGUCUAUGCGAUGACCGAGGCCGACGCUCGGGCUAAUCCCGACUCUGUUGCAGUUUCAGGUAGGGAGUAGAGCUUGCUACUACCGCUCGUUGCUUCGGGGAAUUCAAGGAGGAAGGCGUGGUUCGUGCUUCUUCUGUUUCCGUUUUGAAAACAAUUUAAAUAAUGCUCAUGGAUAUUAUUUCGAAUAUUUAUUUGGGGGCUUGUAUGCCAGUGGUUGCCACGUGUGGUUUGAAUAUUUGUAAUUAUGUUUCCGCUGCUUAACUAAAUAUUUUACGUUAUGAUUGUUAUGGAUGUACUAUGUGUGAAUGGUAUUCAAGACGCCUAGUAUAGUAUGGAUGAGUUGGACUGCGGUUGACUAUUCGUACUGUACGGCGGGUUGUUGACGUGUCCGGUAGGUCCGGGGCGUGACACUAAUAGCACAAAAGAAUCACCCAAAGUUGAGUUGAAGCCUUUACCAUCACACCUAAGAUAUGCUUAACUUGGUGAAAACUCUACUUACCCAGUGAUAAUUAGCACUAAGUUGAACGAGGAGGAAGUAGACAAGUUGUUGACCCUGCUGAGAAAACACAAACGGAUCAUUGGAUACUCCAUUGAUGAUCUAAUUGGCAUCAGUGCUAACUAUUGUGUGCACAAAAUUUAUCUUGAGGAAGGAUGUAAACCAGUUGUUGAACAUCAAAGGAGGCUCAACUCUAACAUGAAGGAUGUUGUGAAGAAAGAAGUCAUCAAACUUCUUGAUGCCGGAAUCAUUUACCCUAUCUCGGACAGCAGAUGGGUAAGUCCAAUCCAUGUUGUACCAAAGAAAGGAGGUUUCACAGUUGUUCCAAAUGAGCACAAUGAGCUCAUUCCUACUCGUUUGGUCACGGGAUGGAGAAUGUGCAUCGAUUACAAGAAGUUGAACAAAGUCACAAAUAAGGAUCAUUAUCCUUUACCUUUCAUUGAUCAGUUGCUUGAAAGGAUGGCAAACCAUAGCCAUUAUUGCUUUCUAGAUGGAUUCUCAGGAUAUUUUCAAAUCAUGAUCCAUCCAGAUGAUCAAGAAAAGACUACCUUCAC